GACUAUCAUCAGCCAACACAAGUAGGUUUCCCAAUCCACGACAGUCAGAUAUUCAAGAUUUCUAACGUUUUGUUAUGUGAUCGAUGUUAAAGUUUUGGUUCUGCUGUGUGUUCAAAUGCCAUUCUGUCUUAGCAAGAAAAGAGGUUGUAUUUAAGGACAACAUUAAAGUGUUUGAAUUGUGUGAAUAUUAGCAUUAUUUCAAGGUCGGACAACUAUCUGUUUAUUCUAACAACGUUUACUUGAGAACAGAAAGGUGUUUGUAUUCAAGGUUCAAGCUGAAACAUUUAAUAGUCUCCAAGUUCAGUAUAGGCCAUGGGCAAUUCCUACAGAAAGCCAAAAAGGAAACAGGAGGCACACAGUUCAGUUGUGUCAAGCUGUGAAAUUCAAAACAAGCAAAUUAUGAUUAAAGAAUCAGGUGUAUUUCAUCCAGGAAAUCAUGAAGCUGAGAUGUGCUAUGGAGGAGAAGCUGAUCUACACAAACAUGUUACUGGCUGUAUGAAGAAUCCAGGUCACAAAGAUUUUAUACCUCUUAAAGAUUUCAACUCAAAUUGUCUCCCCCCACGUUACCAUGACGACGACCUCAUAUCUGAGACAAUCAAAACAUUUGCAGCCCUAACUGUCCAGGUAAAGACUGAAUUCACCAGUCUAGAGAGACCAGAGUUUUACCCAGGCACUCAAGUUCCAUACCCAUGUUAUAAUGAAAGAGGACGUAACGUGUUGAGGUUAGGGACGGGGAGAGUUUGGAGUUUGAACAAGUUCAAAGAGAGUGACAGAAUAAUUUUUGCUAGAAAGGGAACUUGUCGUUGUGCUAAGUGUCAAGUCUCUGCCACACCCAGCAAAGUGUGGGGGGAGGUUCAUGUGGUGACAGCCACACACGUGGUGUUUGAUGCCAGUGAGGCGAGACAGACCAGGUGUGUUUUAGGUUUUGAUGACAAUAAAAGUCCAGUGGUCAGUCUUGAUGGUUGGGAGGUGGGGCAAUUCACAUUCAUUGAGAGAGACUUGUGUAAGUUGAGUUAUGUGACAUGUGACUUAAAGUUGCUUGAUGAACUGGAAAAGAUGAGGCGGCAAUUAAAUCGUCUAUGUAGGGACGUAAGGGACAAAUACGGGAGAUUUGUUGAUGAGGACAAGUUGACCGUUAUAGUGUCACAUCCUCAUGGCUGUCCUAAACAGGUCUCUGUAGGACAAUGGACACACAGACAUGGGAGGGUUGGCUGGAGGAAGCACAUUAUGAUGGGUGGCGAUAAGACCAGGUACUGGUACACAACAUGUACAUGUCCCGGCUCCAGUGGAGCGUGUGUCUACAGGCUGGGAUGUGACGGGUGGUGGUGUGGCCAUCCCCACAGUGGAUCAAACUCUGAAGGAAAUUAUAGUGGGGAGUAUUUUCACUGAUGUAACUGUUAGUUCUCUCCCCUUGUCUACACAAUGUAAACAAACAAAAUGGCGGAACCAUUCCCGUCAUUAAACAGUUUGUUUAUAGACUGGCAUGUGUUGUAAACAUUUUAUCACAUUUAAAUGAUUAAAACAAAUGUUUUAAUAGAUGUAAACCGUUUAACCGUUAUAAUGUUCAUGUACAUUAAUGGGAUUUAUAGUUUUUUUUUUAAAUGUUGUAAAUAAUUUGCUUGUACUUUUUGUCGGUAAGUUGUUGUCAUAUAUAUGAUAUACCUAUACUGUUAAUUAAAUGUAACCUACCUGCUAAAUGUUAUAUACCUACAGGCUGGCUAUUACCUGUUAAUUAAAUGUAACCUACCUAUCAAAUGU